GGCAGAGACCCAGGAGGGUGCGGAAAGGGACUGCUGGCCCCGCCCUCAGUCCCUACCCUUCCGAGCACUGUGUUUUGCCCUCAGAGGAAACCUCUGCCGCCGCCACCUCCAACUUCUGCAGGCUCCAGGUUUCUCUGCCAACCACGAGGAAUCCAGGGAGAAAACGCGGAGCGUAGGCGCCCAUUACCCACUCCUCCCACGCCCUGUCAGCCUUAAGCCGCCCCGGCAGGAAUGGGCGACAAGAUCUGGCUGCCCUUCCCGGUGCUCCUCUUGGCCGCGGUGCCAUCAGUGCUGCUGCCGGGGACGGCCGGCUUCACCCCCUCCUUAGACAGCGACUUCACCUUUACCCUUCCGGCCGGCCGGAAGGAGUGUUUCUACCAGCCCAUGCCCCUGAAGGCCUCGCUGGAGAUCGAAUACCAAGUUUUAGAUGGAGCAGGAUUAGAUAUUGAUUUCCAUCUUGCUUCUCCAGAAGGUAAAACUUUAGUAUUUGAACAAAGAAAAUCAGAUGGAGUUCACACGAUAGAGACUGAAGUUGGUGACUACAUGUUCUGCUUUGACAAUACAUUCAGCACCAUUUCUGAGAAGGUGAUUUUCUUUGAAUUAAUCCUGGAUAAUAUGGGAGAGCAAGAACAAGAAGAUUGGAAGAAAUAUAUUACUGGCACAGAUAUAUUGGAUAUGAAACUGGAAGAUAUCCUGGAAUCGAUCAACAGCAUCAAGUCCAGACUAAGCAAAAGUGGUCAUAUUCAGACACUUCUUAGAGCAUUUGAAGCCCGUGAUCGAAAUAUACAAGAAAGUAACUUCGACAGAGUUAAUUUCUGGUCUGUAGUUAAUUUAGUGGUCAUGGUGGCAGUGGCAGCCAUUCAAGUUUAUAUGCUUAAGAAUCUAUUUGAAGAUAAGAGGAAAAGUAGGACUUAAAAUUCCAAACUAGAGUACUUCACAUUGAAAACAGAAUGGAAAAUUAUAAUAAACAGCUAGAGUCAGGGCCAUUAUUAGCCUUUUUAAAUUGUUUUCAGGUUUGCAAGUGUGAAAAGUAUAAUUUAAUGUGAAAGGACAGUUUUCACUUGUUUGUGUAACUAAUUUUACUUACCCAGUUAUAUUUACAUGGUUAACAGAACUAUUUUGCUAGAACAUAGUAAUGAAUAAAGCCAUAUUAAUAGCCAUAUUUUCCUAAAUUUGAAUUUAAAAAAUUUCAAAUGUCUUAGGUGAUUUAAAUAACUGAACAUUGGAUCUCCAUGCAACACACCAUUUAAAAAGCUCUCUUACCAAUAAGUUUCUUUGUAAAUGUAACAAUUAAAAUUGUAGAUACCUUCAGUAUGUUAUAAAUCAUCUGAACAUUUCAUUAUUUUGGAUUGGUUAUGUUUAGGAGACAGGCUAAUUUUUUUCUCUAACAUGCAACUCUUAAUAUAAAUAGAUGGCAUACCUUUGAAAAUAAUUACAUUUUGGAGAUUUUUAAAACUAAAUGCUAUAUAUUUUAAUGUCAGUUAAAAAAAAUUUACUUUAUAUACUUAGCCUACGUCCUCAAAGCUGACAUUUUGAUAAAUUAUUAAAUUGCAACAUUAAACUUUUCCUAUUAAAAUUAGGAUACUUUUUCCCUCUGAGCUACUUGGUCAAAAGCUUCUGUCUCUGUAAGGACACAGAUAGAGAAUUUUUUAAUGUGAGAGAAAACGACAAUCUUAUUUUUAUUUUAUUUGUCAAACGGUGUUGUUUUAACUUUGGUAUAAUUGCUUAUAGAAUUAAUGUUAAAAAGAGCAUGAUAUAACACUGCCUUUUGUGUACUCUCAAAAUCAUAAGAAUCUUAAAUGUACAUAAAUUCUUAGCUGAUGAAAUAGUUUACUUAAACAGAACCCCAAAAUGUCUGAUUGACUAAUCCUGACAGCCCCAAUGUUAAUAUGAACCAAGAAAAUGCAUUUCCAGUUAACUGGGGAAAAACUUGUAUUUGGCUGUGGGUUUUUUUUGGGGGGGUGGGGAGUUCUUACAAUUACAUCAUGUUUUUAAUUAUCUUUUUAAGUAUUAAGGUACAUUUUUUGAAACUUAAGCCCUCAAGUAAGUUUCAGCACUGAGUGUAAUCUAUUAACAAUUUUUAUUAUAGCUUUCAUAAAUGUCCACUUAGAUCCAUUUAGUGAUAUAGAAAUAAACCUUGGGAACCUCCCAAGUAUUGCACACCCAAUAUAUGAAUAACCCACAUAAACAGUCUUUACUAUCCUAGCUUACCACAGGCUGUCCGGUCCUAUUUAAUUUAGCUCUAUUAUGUAUUAAAUAGAACUUCUAGGUCACAACCAUAUGUAAUAUUCUUGUGGUUAUAUAGUUGAGUAUAGAACUCAUGUUAGUAGUGCUGAAAUUUUUGGUAAGCAUUGAGAUCCCAAGAGAUAGUAGUACAAAGAUAUAGUUCAUUCUAGAUCCUUAGGAGAUACAUGGUCCCUUAAACACGGCUUUUUAAAUAUGAAAACACCAUGUGAUCCAUUAACUUACUAAGAAAACGCUUUAGGUGUUUCAGUGUAGCCCCUGUAGCACAUGCAAACCAAGGACCAUUAAUGUCCCCCUCUAUUAGACUAUUAAUGAGGAGGAACCUUAAUUUUAGUUAAGGUUACUUAACAAAGCAAGGAGAAUUAAAGCUGUUAACUUUCUAUAAAACUGUGAUUAAAAAUUCUACCUCAUAUAUGGCUGAUUACUAACAUUAAAUUUGUUAUACGGUCAUCUACAUUGUAUGAUUUGUACCACUGAUUUUAAGCCUAUGAGUCAAUAACUUACCAUGUGAAAAUACUUAGUAAUGGCUUUAUUUGGGAAACAAUUUAGGAAUGUUAAGGACAAUUUAUUUUGUUACAGUGUAAAAAGGGUAAAAUUAUGUCAGAAGUACAGUAAAACUUGCAAGAGAAUUGGGUAAGACAGAAGCCUAUAAAGAAAACUCAAAAGUUUCCCAAUAACAGAGAAAAGUGAUAAGACUGCACAAUGUUAGAAAAACGUGUGAAACCAAUAAAUAACAAGUAGUCCCAUCAAGUUCCAGCUCACUGUGACCUGUAUUAACAAGAGUAAAAUUUGCAAUUAAAGAAUAAAACUUUUAUUUUUAAAAGCAUGUUUACCUGCUUCAUGUUUUCUAAAUGUUGGUAUUCAGUCCCCCAAUUAGAAUUGAGCAUUUAUCAUUUAACAACUGAUUUUCUUUGCCCUUUUAACAUUUAUUUUUAGUUCAGGUUUAAUUUGCAUUUGAGUCUUUAAUUAUGCUUGUGCUAUUUUUCAGGAGAGUUUCAAGAUAUGAGCAGUAAAUGUUUGAAGCAAUAAAAAAACCAACAAUUGUUA